AUGUUCUCAGCAGCAAAACUGCGUGGUCAACUCGAACCAGCUUUUUGCAUGGUUUGCGGCCUUAGCGAGGGGCGGAAUAGGUGGCUCAAAGCAAUGACCAAUCCCAGGCAGGACCCCUGGUAUAGGUCACUCGUGAGUGAGAUACAGAAUGGAACGGACGUUUAUCUCUUUCAUGAGCAGCCCUGCUGGGAUCAUCUCUUGGAACAUUUCGGCACUGACAAACUUCAUUUAGCCAGUCUCUUUGAGGCAUUAGAGCGUUUGCCACUCCCGAGAGACUAUACCUUCCCUUCAUAUGCUUCAUUACCAGGCAGGAUAGGUCUUGAAAACUGGGUUGGAACGAAAGACGACGCACAUGAGUUCCCCAUCCUCCCUGGCCGGUUUCCCCUUCCCAGUCUGGACGAGCUGAUGCGACUCACAAAAGGCCCUCCCAAACACUCGCCAAUCGUGGCGCAGAAGCCCGUCAACCAUCCAAUGGAUGGUUUCGGACGACUCUCAUUUGACAUUCUCGUGAUUAUAUCAAGCAUGCUACCGACAAAGGAGGCUCUAGACCUCCGCCUUGUGACACGAGCUGCUAUCCCACUUUUCGCCAGCUCACAAUUCUGGAAAACGCGAUUUGCGAUCGACCGAGAACGUGGUUUUCUCCUCCCCAUAGUCCGGAAAUUCUCACCGCCACAGGGCGAUCAUGGGAUAGACUGGAGGCUCCUGUACCAUUGCACUGCUCGUCUGAACUGUAGUGAUUGGUUUGAAAUAGAGAUUCUGGCCUGGGAAACCUUGCGCUGGCUUCGAGACACAGCUUCGGCUAUACGCCAUGAGAGUCCACGUCCGCCCGACUUCCGGGGUAGUCCAGCCCUGCAGCAUUAUCACAAUACCGUCCGUCGGAACACAUUCAUCGAGUCCGUAGAGAUAACAUCGUCGUUAUGCACGAUUGCUAUAUCUGUACACCAAGAAGCGGGGGAAGUGAGCAUCACCGGGAUCGAGUUUAUCUUUGACGAUGGUCGUCCCAGCGCCAUGCUUGGCUACGCUACCCCUGGAGCACGGCAGAUGACACGCGAGAAAUAUGCACGCAAACAACGUAGAGGCCCUUUCGAUGCCCAUAUUGUGUGGCCAUAUCCAGGUGUUCGUGUGACGAUGGAUGUCGUUGGGCUGCGUGGGAUCGUGUACCUCAAAGAUGCCAACGGGAUCCACGGCAUUGCUAUAUACCAUGGUGGAGAGGACUUUGACGAGGUUGACGACACUCUCCAUGUUGGCCUUGACGCACAUGGCCAUAACGACGAAGAGCUGGUUGCAUAUUCUGUCUCCCUGGACAAGGUCGAAAAGGUCAUUGCAGUGGUUGAUAACCGCAAGAUGAUUGACCUGGGAAUUUCCGGGACGACAACGAAGCGGUCUGAAUACUUUGUGGAUGAGUGGGAUGAUGUUGUGGAUCGGUAUAAACAAGAUAAUGCCUUCCUUCUCAAAUCCAUGUGA